CGGCAAACCGCUCCGCCCCGCUCGAUCGAUCCUCCGUCUCCCCCGACGACUGACGUUGCCCUGCCCCGACGAUGCGUGGCAUCUCCUCUCUCUCGUCGCCAUCCCUCUCUUCCGUCCUCUCGCGACGACGACUUCUCCCGCCUCCCAGUCCACCCGCCCGUCGUCUCUCCCGAUCUCGCCGUGGAUCUCGGGGCCCCUCGGAGGACGGUGUAGCCCCAAUGGACGUACUUCGGAAGAGCAGCCACCGUGACGGUUCUAUAUACAAGCGCACUCAUGCGUGGAAGCAAAUCUAUCGCAUCGCCCACCGUAACGAGACUUGGUUGGAGGCAAUGACGUUAACAGAUCCCGCAGGUUGCCUCAUUGACAUUGGCAGUGGAUAUUGUAAGCGUCAUCCACCUAGCCGCAUGUUCCAAAUUUUCUCUUUAAAGCUGGCUAAAACUCCUACCGAUGAUAGGCCAAUACAGUUGUAUGGAUACAUAGCAGUGCGAGAUCAUUUGGACCUAUUGCUUAAUUAUGUCGUCAAUUUCCGUAGAGAUGAUCCCAUCAGCGUGGAACAGGGUUCUUCCAUCAGCAUGAUCGGCCCGAAGAGAGGGAUAGAUCUGAGUGGCAACAUUGUAGUCGAAUACGACAUGAGGAUCAAGACAGAAGAAGUAAAGCAUGACCUACAGCUGAUGGAUGGUGCAUCAAUGAUACGCCACAAGGACCUGCAGGAUUGUCGGGCGUUUACGCGUCGUAUCCAUGGCGACCACGGCGCAAUAGACCUCACUGCGUCGGCUCUUGAUGACGCGGUUGAGGCGACCGUGGAAGUCGUCAUAUCGGAAGUGCGGAGCGGCUUCGCUCUGCGCCUCGGGUGUUUCAUUGGCGGUGUGGAUGAGGAGAUCCCAAUCUUCGACGGCGUCGUCGGCAGCGAGGCACAUGGGUUGAAAUUAAAAAGGUUUGUGCUGGCUGUAGCUAUAAGGUAUUGGAUGAAGUUGGAAUUCAAGGUGGCACCGGAGUCGGCGCGGUGUCAGUUUGCCUUCAUGGCGAACAACCAUGGGGUUUCUUGUCGGAAUAUGAAGAUGGAUUUUGCAUUGUUCUCAGUGAAGGUGACAUGGUCGUCUUUGCCUUUGCGGGCACCGAGCUUACACCGGCGGUCCAAGAACUGAAGCUAGAUGUGAAAAUCCACAUAACUUGACACUCUAGCUCCUUUUCAUCAAUUGUACAAUAUCCCCGUUAAGUGCGUAUUAGUACAAGCGAAAUAUGAUCAUAAGGGAAGCAUUUUGCUGGGGAUAUAUUUGUUAUUUUUAUAUGAAAUAUCUAUGGAACAA